AGUGCAGUGAAUGUGUGUUUGAGUGACAGUCAUAUGAAAAGCACACGUUUUUUGAAUCAAACAUUUCAUUGCAGUUUGGGUCACACUUUCAUCCAAUUGUCACCCCAUUUGGUCCAUCACUUCAUCUCUAUGUCUAUCACUAUGGAUGAUGUGAUUGGAGACAAACACGACUUUCAUGUGGACAUCAGACACAAGAGGAGGGAAACAGUGAACUCAACGGACAUUGGAUUACAUGAGAGAAAGUCCAACAAAACAAAUGUCUUCUCAGGAAUCUCGAGAUCUGUAUCCAUUAUAAAGCCAUUACAAGAGCUAUGUGUCGACAAACUAUACAAACAGUUGAAUAAACUGGUGAUCAAUGAAGACAUGGAUUACAAGACGAUAAGACCGCUCCUCAAGAGGUGUUCGGCCACUGAAUUGAGACGAUUGGAGACAUUAUGUCCGGCGUUGGCGUCGCAAACGGAUGAGAUAUGGCUGGAGUUGUGUCGCAAUGAGUUCCACUUCACCACCGAUGACAACAAUGAUCACAACUAUUACAACAAUUGUGUGCCAAAUAAGACAUCGCAAGAGAGUUGGCAUCACUUCUACUGGCGAUCCGUUGACUACCGGAAGAGAAAACUCGAGGAAAUCACUGAAAGUAUUCGUCUGAAGACGGAUGGCAUCAGAUCUAGUCGUAAGGUAACCAAAGUGUGCGAAUUGGAGCCUAAGAUCGCCAAACAAUUGGAGCCAAAGGUGACCAAAAAAGUAGAGACAAUGGCGAAGAAGAAGCCCAGAUCUGCUCCACUCAUGAGGAAGUGUUUGGCCAUUAAGAGGCAGAGGUUUAUGCUGUGAGGCGACCCACC